CCUCUCCUCUCUCUCUUCUCAGCAAGUAGAAAAUCGCGGGAAACGCUUCUAUUCUUCUUCCAUCAAUAAAAAAAAAAAAUUUUUUCCCGAAAAAAAUUACACUCAAAUUUUCACUGAAAAUUCAUCAAUAAAAAAUUCUCUUCAAGUUAAAAUUGUCCAAUUUAACAUAAAACUCGGAAUAAAAUCGAAAAUUUCAUAUGUGUGUUUCAAAAUUCAUUGAUUCCUCAUAUAGUGUUGGUAAAAAUUAACCUAUAAAAUCACCGCCUGAUAUAGUGUUUCUAAAAUAUUUCUUAAUAAUUAACAUUAAAAAUAACCCUUUUUGCUUUUAAUUUCCUUUUGUUCGGUGAGAAUAUUUUUGUGUGAAAAAAAGUGCGUUUUAAUUCGAGGAGAAAAGAAAAUCGAGCUAUUAUUAAGUGGGGAAAUAAUGCAAUAAUAAUAUCUGAUCAAGAGGAUAUUAUUCUAAUUGUAUAUUCAUCCCCCGGGAGGGGGGAGGGAAAUGAAAAGUUGAUUGUUUUUUUUGCGGGAGAGAGAAAAAAAACACAAUUCUGAGCAAUGAACUCAUUUCCAACACCAGAAUCGUCUCCGGUGAUAAUUGAAUCCGAUGUCAGCAGCAACAAGUCAUCAAAGAAUUCUAAGAACGAGAGGAAGAAGAGUCUUCCUUUGAAAAAUGAGAGGAAAAAAUUGUCAAAAUCUUUAUCACCUGGAACGAGCGUUAAUGGAAAGAGGAAAACACUUUUUCCAAAAGUUGUUUUACCAUUGUUUCCGAAAAUUACGAAUAAGAAAGGAGCAAAUGUAGAAAAAACACCACCAAUUCGAAGAAAAUCAAUAUCGAAAAAAACAGCUGUAGAUCCUGAUUUUGUUCCCGAUUCUUCUGGGAGUUCGAGUGAGGAUGAUAACAGUGUAGAUGAUUAUCCUUUGAAAAAGAUUUCGGAAUCAAUCAGAAAAUCGGAUUUGAAUUUGUCGAAGACAAGUCAAAAAAGUUUGAAGUUGCCAAAAACACCCAAGACACCGAAAACACCGAAAACACCGAAGACACCAAAAACUCCGAAACAAAAUGCGAAGAGUCCAAAAAUUACUAUCGAUACACAAAAAUCGACGAAAAAGAAGAAAGAAUCGAAUAAUGAAAAGAAAGUUGACGAAAUUAAAAUCAAUGACAUUAAUGAUGACGACACUGUUAUUAAUGUACCGGCAAAGAAAAUGAAAUUAACCGAAAAUACAAAGGAAAUCGAAGAGACAAAAAUAAUGAAUAUCGAUUGGAAAUACGGAAUAAAUUGGACACCCGGAAAACUUGCUUGGGCACGUUUUGCAAAUUAUCCAUUUUGGCCAUGUGUCGUCACUCUCGAUCCAGACUCAAUGACUUAUCACCGACCAAUGGCUGCUGGAAAACGAACGAUUCGAAAUUUAGUUCAUGUCCAAUAUUUCGGCGACAAUGAACGUCACAGUUGGGUGAAUGAAACAAAUAUGUUGCCAUUCACGGGCGCCAAUGAUUUUGAGAAAUUUUUGAAAAAUUUACCCGAGAACAGUAAUUUUUCAAAGAAAAGAAUACGCGAUCAACGAAUUCCAUUCACGGUGAGUUCAACGUGGAAGCCAAAAUGGGAGAUUGCCACAUCGGAGGCGACGGAACUUUUAAAUACCACCGACCAAUAUCGAGCGUGUAUUUUUGCCCCGGCGCCGAUAGCUGCUAAAAAAACGCCAGUGCCCGGAAAAAAGAAACGCAAGCACUCCAUCAGCGAAUCGCAAUCAGCAGUGCCGGCAAAGAAAGCCAAACCAAUUCCUCGAGUAACACGCUCGCAAACACCAAAAGUACCAUCAGAAAUAAUUCCAGUAAAAUUAUCAUCCCGUCGACGCAGUACAAUAGCCCAACCAAAAACAAAUCUCAAAAAACUUUCAAAACUCAACAAAAGUACUGGCGAUCUAACGAAAAUUCCCCCCACUCUCCAAACAACAGGCGCCAAAUUAAAUGGCGCCUUCAGCAAAAGUACUGGAAAUCUCCUAAAACUCUUCGAAACUCUAACACCAAAAUUAAACGGUAAAUUAAAUACCACGAAAAAUGGCGAGCGACAAAUGAAAUUAAAUGGUAAAUUAUCCAAGAGUUUAAAAUCAUCACACGUCGAUAUUUUCGAUAGUUUAUCACAAACACCACCAACACCGCCAUCGAGUCUUUUGAAUAGUUCCUGGGACGAUGAUAAGAAGAAUUUCGACAUUGAUUACGAUUCAAAAUUACUCGCUCUCUGCGAUUCAGAGCUUGACGAUGAAAUAAAAUCCGAACGUUGGAGCAAUGAGCUUCAGCAGGAGAAAUUCAAUGGCAAUUUUUCGCCCACGAAUAAUCGUUCGAUUCCAUUUGACGCCGAUGUUGAUUCUGAUCUUGAGGAUGUUAAUAAAUCGACGAAAAAACGCAAGAGCAGAAGUAAAAGGAAUCGUGAGAGUGACAAUAAACAUAUUAACGAUUCGAAUAUUAGUAAUAAUAGUUUGAAAAUAAAGGAGAGAAGCGCGAGGGAGAAGGAGAUUAGGGAGAGAUUGAAAAUUAGGGACAAAUCGAAGGAUAGUAAGGAAAAGAUGAGGGAAAAAGUCAAGGAAAAUAGGGAGAAUAAGGAAAAAGUGAAGGAGAAUAAAGAGAAUAAAGAAAAUAAGGAGAGUAAGGAUAAAAGUAAAGAAGUAAAAGACGUUAAGGAGAAGAGAGAAUCGAAGGAGAAAUUAAAAGAAAAGGAAUCGAAGGAGAAAAUAAAGGAAAAGGACUCGAAGGAGAAAAUAAAGGAAAAGGACUCGAAGGAGAAAAUAAAGGAAAAGGACUCGAGGGAAAAAAUAAAGGAGAAGGAAUCGAAGGAGAAAUUAAAAGAAAGGGAAUCGAAGGAGAAAAUAAAGGAAAAGGAAUCGAAGGAAAAAAUAAAAGAGAAGGAAUCGAAAGAGAAACUAAAGGAAAAUAAAGAGAAAGUACAAGAGAAGGAGAAAGAUUCGAGGGACAGUAAAGAAAAGGAGAAUAAUGAUUCGUUGAAUUUAAGUGAUUUUGAGAAAGACGAGAUAAAAUGGACAAAACCAAUAAAUUUAUUCAAAGGAAUAAGAACUGAGCGAGUUUGUCAAAUUUGUGAACAAACUGGCAAAUUAGUGAGAUGUAAAGGACCAUGUUAUUCGUAUUAUCAUUUGAAGUGCGUCAAACCUGGUGAUUCGAGUCCAGAGCACAGUGAAAUUGAGGAUAAUUUUGAGGACGAGGUGUUUCAGGAUUUAAAGGAAAUUCGAAAGAAAAUUGCCGAGAGCGAGAGUUUCACGGAAAAAAUCGAAGUUAAAGCAGAAGAACUAACACCGCCACCGCCAUUGACUGAGGAAGAAACUUUCAAGUGUUUCGAUUGUCUUUCAAGUGUUGCGCCCGCAUGCUUCAUUUGCAAGGAUCGGGAAAUUGAUCGUGUUCGAUGUUCGGCGGGUGCUUGCGGAAAAUAUUAUCAUUCCUCGUGUCUCAAAACAUGGCCGCAGUCUCAGUGGCAAGGUGAAAGAUUGGUGUGUCCUUAUCACAUGUGUCACACGUGCAAUUCGGACAAUCCGCAAAAUGGCCACAUGGGCAAAACGAACGAGAAAUUAGUGAGAUGCGUACGUUGUCCCUCUUCAUAUCACACGUCGUCCUCGUGUCUGCCAGCCGGCUCCGAAAUUAUCACUGGCAAUCAAAUUAUUUGCCCAAAACACUAUAAAUGCCGGCAAGCGCCGCUAAAUGCGACCUGGUGUUUUCUCUGCACGAAAGGCGGAAGUCUCAUUUGUUGCGAGACGUGUCCCACAUCAUUUCAUCCUGAAUGUUUGGGUAUAAAAGCGCCGGACGAUGCAUUUAUGUGCGAGGACUGUGAAACCGGACGAUUGCCAUUGUAUGGCGAAAUUGUUUGGGUGAAACUCGGCAGUUAUAGAUGGUGGCCGUCGAAAAUUUGCUUCCCCGACGAGGUACCCUGCAAUGUCGAUGCGAUGAAACAUGAGACAGGCGAAUUUUGUGUCAUGUUCCUUGGCACAAGAAAUUACCACUGGGUCCACAAGGGUCGUGUCUUUUUGUAUCAGGAGGGCGACGCUGUCGCCAAGAAUACUGGCAAAAAGAAUUCCAUGGACGGCGCUUUUAGACGCGCAAUCCAGGAGGCCCACAAGUAUCAUCAAAUUUUAAAGGAGCAAAAGGCCCUCUCCACGUCCGUCAAGGAACUCGAGAAGGCUCUUAAACCUCCGUUUUACGUCAAAUUAAAAGUGAAUAAAGCGGUGGGCAAUGUGAAGGCGGCCGAAGUGGAUAGUAUUGUCGCUUGUGCAUGUUCACCGACAUCCGACAAUGCGUGUGCACAGGAUUCGGAUUGUUUAAAUCGAAUGCUACUGGUUGAGUGUAGUCCGGAGAUAUGUCCGGCUGGCAUUAAAUGUCAAAAUCAAUGUUUUGUGCAAAGAAUUUAUCCGGUAAUGGAGCCAUUUCACACUGUUGGUCGUGGCUGGGGCCUGAGGGCAUUGGAAUUGAUAAAAGCCAAUCAAUUUGUCGUUGAAUAUGUCGGUGAAAUAAUUGAUGAAGCCGAAUAUAAGCGACGUCUUCAACGCAAGAAGGAAUUGAAAAAUGAGAAUUAUUACUUUCUCACUAUUGACACUAAUCGUAUGAUUGACGCCGAACCGAAGGGAAAUCUCAGUCGAUUCAUGAAUCACUCGUGUUUGCCGAAUUGCGAGACGCAAAAGUGGACAGUGAAUGGCGACACGAGAAUUGGACUUUUCGCCGUGCGGGACAUUGAGGCUGGGGAGGAAUUAACGUUUAAUUAUAAUUUGGCCUGCGACGGUGAAGAGAAGAAGCCAUGUUUAUGCGGUGCGUCGAACUGCAGUGGUUUCAUUGGCUUAAAAGUCACGAAGAAACGAAUCAGUGCAAUUAAUGAGAAAAAAAAUGAGAAACCAAAAAUUCCAAGAAAACCAAAGAAGGUAAUUUGUUAUAAUUGUCAAAAGGAGAUAGUAACGAGCAAUGAAUUGAUAAAAUGCAAACAGAAAGGCUGCUCGAAGAAAUAUCAUAAAAAAUGUGUUUCGAGGACAAUUUUAGACACAAAAUUCAUUUGUCCUGGGCAUUUAUGUUUUCAAUGUGGCACAACAACGACGACUCACUGUUCUGUUUGUAAAAUCGCCUUUUGUCAAGCACAUCAAGAGGAAAAUAUGAUCGAAUCGAAAGGAUCGUUUGUCUGUAAAAAUCAUAAAAACGGCCUCAGUUUGGUGACAACAUCGUCGUCGUUGUUGUCGUCUUCGUCGUCGUCGUCAACAAUAGCGGAAGACGGAAAGGAGAAAUUGAACAACCUGGAGUUGGAGAAAUGUUCUUUUGCGCCUUCUGGUUGUUCGAGUCCAAUUGUCACGACGAGUAAAUCACAUUCGAAAAUUCAAAAUCAAAUUCAGGAACAGUCGGCGCGUGUAUCGAUAGAAGAGGUUCAUCUCAGCUGUGAAGAUUGUGAGGAAACACUCACCGAGGACACAGACGACGCCGAUGAAACGGAUAAUAAUCAUCAUGACAAAUCAAAUUCAAUACGACGAAGAUCAAGAAGAAUUAGUCAAAAACUUGACGCACUUAAAUCUCUUAAUUCUGAACAAUUAUUAGCAAUAAUUGGCGGUGGAGUUUAGAAAUUUUCUUUCUUUUUAAUAAUUCAGAGACAUAUCCGGAAAAAAAAGAAAAAAAUCUAUUUUUUUAUUAAAUAAUAUGUAAAAAUUUGUACAAAAUUCAGAAAUUUUUUUUAUUUUUUCA